CUAGUGACUGACGAUAUGAGCGAAAUAUACAGCAACGUGCCAUCGGGAUUUGAGAAGAUUACAGUCAAUAAAGUGCAGAGCACAAGACCGCCUCCUAAUCUGUCUGUUAAGAAGAGAUGUAUGGCAGAGCCGCCCCUUUCAUGUGACUGUUUUGUAUCCUUGCCCCCCGGCUCUCAUGACGACCACGUCAUCUUCGGUAAGAACUCGGACCGUCCUCGAGAUGAAGUCCAGGAGGUGGUCUACUACCCUGCUGCCUCUCACCCAGCAGGGGCCGUGGUAGAGUGCACCUACAUCCAGAUACCCCAGGCGGGGCACACCCACGCCGUGGUGCUGAGCCGGCCGGCCUGGCUCUGGGGGGCCGAGAUGGGGGCCAACGACCAGGGCGUCUGCAUCGGUAACGAAGCAGUGUGGACCCGCGAGCCUGUGAGCCCUGGAGAGGCCCUCCUCGGAAUGGACCUGGUCCGCUUAGGUCUGGAGCGCGGGGACAACGCCUGGGGGGCCUUGACGGUCAUCACAGGCCUCCUGGAGGAGCACGGCCAGGGGGGGCCUUGCAGGGAAGACCCUGAGCCCUUCAGCUACCACAACACCUUUCUCCUGGUCGACCGCAACGAGGCCUGGGUCCUGGAGACCGCCGGAAAGCUGUGGGUGGCGCAGAAAGUCACAGAGGGGGUGAAGAACAUUUCCAACCAGCUGACGAUCGGGACGGAGAUCUCGGCAGAGCACCCGGAGCUGCGGAGCGUGGCCCAGGCCCAGGGCUGGUGGAACGGGGAGGGGGAGUUUAACUACUCCCAGGUGUUCAGUCCUGAGAACCCCCCAGCCAGGAUGGAGCUGGCCAAGCAACGCUACAGCGGGGGCACCCGGCUGCUCCAGCAGCAUGAUGGCUCCAUGACAGCAGAGGUGAUGAUGUCCAUCCUUAGAGACAAGCCUACUGGGAUCUGCAUGGAUUCCGGGGGAUUCUGCACCACUGGUAGCAUGGUAUCCAUCUUGCCCAGGGACCCCAGCCUGCCCUGCAUACACUUCCUCACUGCCACCCCAGACCCUUCCAGGUCUAUCUUCAAGCCUUUCGUCUUCUCCGAGUGCAUGACCCCGGUGUCCAGGGUGGUGUCCCCGCAGUACGGCUCGGACGACCCGGCGAGGAAGCAGCCUCGCUUCCAGAGCCGGGUGGAUCGUCGGCACAGCCUGUACAAAGCCCACCAGGUGGCGCUUAGCAACAUGGAGACCAACCCGGAGAAGGGGGACGCUCUGCAGGAGAUCCUGAGGGACCUGGAGUCCCAGUGUCUGAAGGACAUACUGGCCAUGCUCAGUGGAGAACUGCCAGGGGAGGAGCUGGGAGACCUGUUCUUUGACUGUGUCGACACAGAGAUAAAGUUCUACCAGUGAGAAGCGCCCUCAUGUGGAGACUGCUUGUGCUUGCAGAACAGCAGGAGAUUGACCAGGGGACUGUUCCAUCCUGUGUCCCCUGUUCAGUCGGCUCCCUUCUAAUGCACUCAUAUCCCUGACGUCAUUCCAUCAUUCAUCACAGACUAAAAGGCUUAAAGUUUCCAUGUGAUUGGAAUAUCAUUAUUCAUCAUUAAUAUUGUCACCUCCAGGGAACACUGACCGCAUCACAUUAGUGAGUAUGUGAACUAGACCACACAGGUGUGUAUGUAGAGCUGUGUGGUAUCGCACAACUAUUGUAAGUAUUUGUAUUUAACAUGCUACUCAUUGUUGCAAGUGAACAGGAGUUUGUUGACUGGCUGCCCUCUCGUGAAAGAAUUAAUAAAGAAUGUGCUCUGUCGA